AUGGAAGAGGAUUAUCAAAUAAUUAACAAUGUUGUGGAAUUAAACUUGACUAAUAUGUUGUUGAAGGACUUGAAUGAACUAUUAAACCUGCACGGUAAAAAAAUUGAAGAUUAUGAUCUCCCAUCUUUACCCCCUAAUACAAUAGACAGAGAUGCAAUUCCUAGUAUCAUACAAGAGGAGUUAGCGGUCGAUAUCCCCAAUCAAGAUAUUGAAUAUGUUGCUAAGUUAAAUAAUGAUCAAAUGAUUGCAUUCAAAACCAUUAUGAAUGUAAUUGCUCAAAAACACACAACUGCAUCAUCUGGUAUAGCUAGGACAUUGUUACCCGGUGGUAGGACUGCACACUCUCGAUUUAAGAUACCUAUUGAUAUACAACCGAGUUCCAUUUAUGGUAUUCAAAAGCAAAAAGAUAUUGCAAAUCUCAUUAGAGUUGCUACCGCAAUAAUUUGGGAUGAAACACCAAUGACAAACAAAAAUUAUUUGGAAGCCUUAGAUCGAUCAUUACAAGACAUUUGUAGCAAUAAUGCGCAAUUUGGUGGAAAAGUUCUGAUCAUGGGGGGAGAUUUUUGUCAAGUUCUUCCUGUUUUAAGAAAAGGUACUAAGGCACAAAUGAUUUCAGCGUGUAUUAUUCAGUCUCAUUUAUGGAAUCAUACCAAGAUUUUGCAUUUGCGUCAAAAUAUGCGAUUAUUGCAUGAUCAAGAGUUUGCAGAAUUUCUUAUUCGCAUUGGUGAUGGUGUUGAACCUACCAAACCAGAUGACAGGGUGCACCAUUGA